CAUGAACAGUCGAAAUCUGAUCACAACCAACCUUCCCCCGUGGUUUACAUUCGUUCCUUGCCCACAGACGUCAGUGAGAAAGAAGUUCUAACUCUUGCCAUUCCAUUUGGUCUAGUUGAAAACGUUCUUAUUACAAAGACAGGUCAGGCGAUGCUGGAGUUCCAGCAACAGGAGAGUGCCACAAACAUGCUGACCUACUACGAUCUUUACUCACCACCUGUAAUUCGUGGCAGUCAAACUAUCACUGUGCAGUACUCCAAGCACCCGCAUCUAACAACCACUUCGAAGCGUCCUCUGCUCUUUGAAAUUAUCGAGAAUGUUAACAGAGCACACCAGGCUCUAACUUGGUCAUCAUCCUCUCUUGGUAGCAGCUCACGAAAAGUUCUUUGGAUGCAAGUCACAAAUCCAUCAACAACUCCUCUGGGUUAUGUUCCCUUUUACCAGGCGCUAUUUAAGUUCGGUCAAAUCCUUCGCAUUGUCACCUUCAAGAGUGGCUCCUAUCCACAAGCCUUUAUUGAAUUUGCUCAGGCAGUUUCGACUGAUGUUGCCAAGCAUCAACUUGAUGGGUGUCCAUUUGCUGCUGGAGGCAUUUGCCGCACCAACUACUCCCAUAUGGAAAAGCUUGAUGUGCAUCAGGAGAGUCAGUACUGUCGCGAUUUCACUAAAAAUCCGCUAUUUUUGUCACCAGAACUUUCUGAUCACCAGCAGCAGCAAGCAACAAGUGUGAUAGGAGCACAGUCAUGGAUGUCACCCCAGUGCACAACUUCACUAUCUUCCUCUCAUUCCGCCAGUAAUGGCCUUCCUUCGGUGCAGCAGUUGGCUACUCUCGAUGUUCAGACUCUAAGCGCUUUUGCCAAUGAGGUAACUCAGGCAUUAGCUAUUGCGGCCUCUCGAUUCCCCGAGCCACAAAGUCAGCAUUUGCAGGCGCAGGCCAACAGCAUCCGACAAUUGAUCCCAUUAGUCCAUAUUGCCGCCAGUGCUAACGGCACCACCGGUGGUAAAGGUUUUGUCGACUUGAAUGCUGCCAGCGGUGGUGCACUUGUUGAUCAGAGCGCCAACAUUCCGUUUGGAUCACCGGUCCUUUUAGUCACCCAGCUGAAUGCUGAGUUGAUGUUUGUUGAGAUGAUUUCCUAUGUCUUCACCAAGUUAACCCGCUUUGUUUUGCUACCUCUCCUCCCUCUCCUGCUCCUCUCUACCGCUCCUACCUUCAAUCUCUUGCCAUAUCUGACUGGAUCUCUGAACUUCUACUACCUCUUCCUCUCUCACCUUCCCUCAUCCUCCUUCUCUACUUCUAAUGGGAACUUCGCAAACAAUGGUCUCCAUACGGACAUAACAGGAGAUCACGCUGGACAUCCUCUUCACUCUGUUCGCAUCGUAGCAGUAAAUGCACUCCUUUUCAGGCGUAUAUGGGGAUGUACAGCGGGUGAAAAUUCUUUACAACAAGAAGGACUCUGCUCUGAUCCAAUUCGCCGAUGCAAACCAAGCGAACAUGGGCACCUUAGCGUGACACCGGCAGGUGAGCUAGAGGCAGAACUCACCCGCGACUACACGGGCAGUCGUCUUCAUCGUUUUCGUUCUGCAAACUCUCGAAACUUUUACAAUAUCUGUGCCCCCAACACUGUCCUCCAUGUCUCCGGUCUACCCGAAGACAUCAGUGAAGCCAAGAUCUCUGACCUCUUCCACAAACUAUCUGGAGUCGCGCCCACCCUUGUGAAGUCCAUGGAUCGUGAUAAGAGGAUGGCUCUGGUGGAAUAUGCGACACUCGCAGAUGCUGUAAAUGCAAUCAUAAAAGUGGACACCUAUCAAAUGAGGCCGACUUCGCGAAUCCGCGUAACUUUCAGCAAAUCUCCGGUAACUCGAGACUUCUCUGGCUCCUGA